AUGGGCGAGCAUAAUCUCCUGAAUCCCGGGUUUGUGGGGCCGCUGGUGAACAUCCACACGGGAGACACCUUCUACUUCCCCAACUUCCGUGCGUCCGGGGCGCAGCUGCCCGGGCUGCCUUCGCUGUCCUACCCGCGUCGCGACAACGUGUGCUCGCUGCCCUGGCCGUCGGCGGAGCCGUGCAAUGGCUACCCGCAGCCCUAUCUCGGCAGCCCAGUGUCGCUCAACCCACCCUUUGGGCGCACGUGCGAGCUGGCGCGUGUGGAGGACAGCAAGGGUUACUACCGCGAGCCCUGCGCCGAGAGCGGCGGCGGGGGCCUGAAGCGUGAGGAGCGGGGGCGAGACCCUGGCGCGGGAGUCGGACCAGGGGCAGCGUUGCUGCCGCUGGAGCCGUCGGGGCCGCCCGCGCUCGGUUUCAAGUACGACUACGCGGCAGGCGGCGGCGGUAGCGACGGUGGCGCGGGACCCCCGCAUGACCCGCCCUCGUGCCAGUCGCUGGAAUCCGACUCCAGUUCGUCCCUUCUCAACGAAGGCAACAAGGGCGCCGGCGGGGGCGACCCUGGCAGCUUGGUAUCGCCUUUGAACCCCGGCGGCGGGCUCUCCGCCAGCGGCGCGCCCUGGUACCCGAUCCACAGCCGUUCACGGAAGAAGCGCAAGCCCUAUUCGAAGUUGCAGCUGGCGGAGCUGGAGGGCGAGUUUCUGGUGAACGAGUUCAUCACAAGGCAGCGCCGGAGGGAACUCUCAGACCGCUUGAAUCUUAGUGACCAGCAGGUCAAGAUCUGGUUUCAGAACCGGAGAAUGAAAAAGAAAAGACUUCUGUUGAGGGAGCAAGCUCUCUCCUUCUUUUAGGGGGCAAGACAUGGGCGCCAGCCCCAGACUGAGCCUGUCUCUGGCAGAGAGGGAGAGGAUGCACUGCCUAGGACACAGUCCCCGCUUAGAACGCCAGGCAUCUCUGGCAGGCCCUCCCUGGGCAUCUUCUUGUCUGUUUUGUCUGUGGUUCCCUCCCACACACCCCCAGCAGGCCCUGCCAGGUCCCAGAGAGAAGGGAAGAACCCAGCCAGUGAGAGAGGAAGCCAACAGCUGCAGGCAGGGAGUAGGGGCAUGGAAGGCUGCAGCGCUGGGAGGGGCUGGUUUGAGAUAGGACUAAGGCAUUGGGCCUCCUGGUGAGGAUCUGGUGGAGAGGUGACCCAGGCACCACCUCCCACCACUUUCCUUCUGUAGUCCUAAGUUUGUCUGCCUGCAGGAGUAGGUGCGGGUGGGGACAAUGGAGCCAAGCUCCCAAAACUCGAAGUUGCUAGUGUUAGGAGAGGCUGAGAUGGGGGAGCAAGAGUGGAGGAUCCAAAGAGAGAGUAGAGGGGGUCAGGGUAGCUCCGGGAGGGCGGGAGGAAGCGUGGUUCCAGAGAACAGAAUGAUCAGCAGUGCCCAAGUCCGCUGGUGUCUGGGUCCUCUAGGCCUGCACCCAGAGCAGGCUGAGGCAUAGACGUUUGGCAGACCCGGCUGCAGACAAGGUGAUCAUCAGUUUCAUGUCCCCUCUAGGGCAAGCAACCCGAAUGAUCUCCUGGUCCCCAGCCCUCUCCUGAGCCCCCUCCCCUCCCAUUCCCUCACAGGUGUGCUGCCAUCCACUCUUCCAGCCACCUAGGCGGCUGUGGACCGGAAGCUGCAAGCGGGUAAUUGAGAGCUGAGCAGACGCAGCCUCAGGUUCAGUAGCCACCUUGGGGACGACCAUCUUGCCCUCCGGGAAGCCCAAGAGGCUGUGAAAGGGGCUGCAGAGCGCGGCGUCUAUUGACCAGGAGAGUUUCUCUCAGCUGCGGCGGCCCGAUCCUCCCUUCCCCGCUGGCGUUCACGGUCACGGCCGGAGGCUGGACCGGCAUAAUUUACGAGGCGGGAGGAGAAUCCGCCCCUAAAGGGGCUACCGGCGCUGAGGCCUCGCUCAGCCUGGGUUUCCCAGGCUGGUGACAAUGAAGGAGGGGGUCGCUGCAGCCCCCUACCCAACUCCUUUCUCUCCUUUACCCACUCCCACUCCACCCGCCCCCCAACGUUGCCCUUUGUCUCAGGAUCCUCUGCCUCCGCCUCAUCAGGCGGAGAGCCCCUGAGUACAAGGACCAGAGCAGAGGGAGGGAGGGGCACAUCCCCAGAACCGGUUGGAGGCCAGAUAGUGGCUUCAUUCAUAGACCUCUUCAGGCCCCAGUCCCAGCCCCAGCCCCAGAGAUCCUAGGCUGGCUUAGGAGAGAGAAGAAGUGAAGGAGCCUGCCUCCCUUCCUGUGCUCUGUUUUUAUCCUUCUCGGUGAGAGCUCCCCAACCUCCCAUCUGCUGACCCACCCUUGCCAGGAACAAGAGGAUGAGAAGCAGGGGACUGAUGGGAGUUGAGCCCAGCCUGGACAGUGGGAAACUGGCCUGCCAGUUUGAAGUUCUUCCUGCCUGGGGAGUCUCCCCCUAAAACAUCCUCAAAAGGCAAUCCACAGAGCCCCCCCACUCUCCCACCAGCACAAGGCUUCAAGCCUCUGUACAGGCUUGUGCAGAGGCAUGGGCAAACACAGGCACAGCUGAGCCCAGCACACCACUGGGCCCACCCCACUCUCUGGACUGUACUUGCAAGCUGCCAGCCUCAUAUCUCCAAAAGCAACCUUGGAGAACGGCUGUUCUCCACACACCCCAUCCCCCACUGGGCACCUGACUCCUGACACACUUCCUCCCCCGUAUAAAUUUGCUUCACCUAGGUGAAAGUUCCCGGAGAUCACCGCCAUUCUGGCUGUCUGCAUAUUCCCCUGUGGGCAGCCCUAAGUAUGAGGCACUCCCCCUUUUGCCUGGUCACCCAUGUACCCCUUCAUGCAGCCCCUCCUGUGACCUCAUGGGCUGGAGGGUGCUGGAUUCAAGCUCUAUCACUCCAGCUUAACUCCCACAGCAUAAUAAAGAAGAGAGACCAGAAUAUUCCAAAAGGGGUGGAGAGACAAAAGAUAUGCAAUAUUCUAUUCCCGUUGCUUUAAACUUGACUUCUGUGAGCUUCUCUGUCAACUUGUGUCCUGUCCUCUGUGUCUAUAGCUAGUACCUAGUGUAGCCCCUGUAGGUAGAUACCCUCCCCCUCCUCCCUCCCCAGCUCUGAAUGUGCCCUCCUAGUCAAAUGUCUGUCUUUGGCACGUUUUCCCUUUAUAUAGUCCUUGUACAGAGUUGCUUCAUCAUAUUAAUAUUAAUAAUAAUAAUUAAAACAUGA